GCAACCCCCACACACACACCCACACACCCACCCCCGGCUCCGGGAUUGGUUUCCUCGCUGGGGAGGGGACUCGGAAGCGUGUGUGUGUCGCACAAAGUUGAGCGGAGCCCGGCGUUGGCGGACUCUCGCCUCCCACUGGGUGGGGAGCGGGGGAGCCUUUAAGAGAGGCUGGCAGCGCGGCGGGCAGACCGCGUCCAGCGGCGGGUCCCCCCCAGGAAGGAGCGCGGCAGAGCAGGCCGCCCGGGGCCCUGGCCGUGCUCCCCGCCAUGGGCGAGGAUGGGGCGCAGGCCGAGAGGAGCGGCGCCCACGCUCCGCCGAGCCCCAGCCCGGAGCCCUCGGGCAGCCCCAGCCCGCUGCCUGCAGCGCCGGGCGAGGCGAUCCGGGAGGGCUCGCAGGUGAACGCCAUCACCGUGCUCACGCUGCUGGACAAGCUGGUGAACAUGCUGGACUCGGUGCAGGAGAAGCAGCUCAGGAUGGAGCAGCGGCAGAUCGAGCUGGAGGGCUCGGUGAAGGGCAUCCAGGGCGAGCUGAGCAAGCUGUGCAAGCACCACACCUCCACCGGCAACGCGGUCAGCAAGCUGCUGGAGAAGUCGCGCAAGGUCAGCGCGCACACCCGCGAGGUGCGGGAGCGCAUGGAGCGCCAGUGCGCGCAGGUCCGGCGGCUGGAGAACAACCACGCGCAGCUGCUGCGCCGCAACCGCUUCAAGGUGCUCAUCUUCCAGGAGGAAAAUGAGAUUCCUGCCAACGUGUUUGUGAAAGAACCAGUUCCCAGUAUUACAGAAGGAAAGGAAGAGUCUGUGGAUGAGAACAAAACUCUGGAAGAAACCUUGCAUACAGUGGAGCUGUCGUCCGAUGAUGAAAUGCCUCAUGACGAAGAUGGUCUGGAUGACAGCGUAGAGGAAAAAAUGGAAGAAUCAAGAGCUGAGAAGAUAAAAAGAUCAAGCCUCAAGAAAGUGGACAGCCUCAAGAAAGCAUUUUCUCGCCAAAAUAUCGAGAAAAAGAUGAACAAGAUCAGCACAAAAAUUGUCUCAGUUGAACGACGGGAGAAGAUUAAGAAAUCGCUCACUCCACAUCAUCAGAAAUCCUCAUCCUCAAAAAGCUCCUCUUUCAAAGUGUCUCCCCUCACAUUGAACAUGAAGAAAGUCCAUGAAGGAGAGACCCCUGCUGAAAAUGAAGACAAACCAACAGAAACUACAAGCAGUGAGCAGGCAGUAAAUGACGAGACCACCUCGUUUACUGAGGGGCUCUCAGAUAUCUCACCUCCAACUUCUCUAAUUGAGGAAGGCAAAGCAAUAGCUGAUUCUCUAGAGAAAGAAAGCAGAGAAGGGGAUGCGAUGAUAAACAGCAACAUUGAGCUCUCAAUUGUUGAAGAUGAUGAAGAAUAUGGGACAGCACUAGAAGUUUCUAGCCAGAGACUGUAUGAUGAAAGAAACAAACCAACCAGUGGGGAAACAGAACAAUCUGAUGAAGAAUCAACUCAAGCAGCUGUUCUCCAAAUAGACCAAACUGCAUAAUAAAUCUGAGCCGUCCUUUGUGUUCAGAAAUGCAAAAAGGUUUAGUUAAGCGAAGAAGCAAUGUAUAUUUCUGUUACACAUACAACGUAUCGGGUGACAACGAUUAAGUUUGUUUUCUAUGCAGUGCUAAUGUAUUGCAUAGUAUUGAGAUGCAGAGUGAACAAGGUCUACUAUGCAGGCAACCUACAAGGUGCUCCACUCCUAUACUAGGUCAAACAGCUGGUAAUAUUAAUUUAGAGUUGCUGCAGUCAGUUGCAAUUGGAGAUAUCAGGAAAAGAACCUGACCAGGGGAGGCAGGCUGGUCAGCUGGAUUUUUAACUUAGAUCAGGGAAGUGCUUGGAUAGUAGUCAAGAAAUAUUUUUUUCCCUCUUAUUGCAGUAUUUUGUAGCUGUGUAGUAGUUUUUAUAUAAACAAUGUCACUGAACACACUAGCUUAGCUUAGCAUAUCCGGGACAUGGCAAGGCAAGGUAAUAGACUCAGUAACUGUUGUGUAUAUACACAUGUAUAUUUUAUUUUGGGUAUGGCUCCAUUUUACAUUCUGACUAGAAGAGCAGACUAUGCAAAGGGUGAAAUCCUGCCUCCUGAAAUCAGUGGGAGUUUUGCCAUUGAGUCAGUGGGGCCAGGAUUUCACCCAGAGUCUUUUGUUAGUCAUUUAAUAGAAACAACUGUGUUUAUAUGGCAAAGGGAGUCAUGGUUUUGUAAUUCACAGCAGUUUAUAGAAAUAGAUGACUUCAAGGAUGAAGGUGCCACAAG